AUAAUAUAUAAAGUAGUGGCGCAGUCAGUCAUGAGAGUUCAGUCGCUGCCGACCGCGUCGCUUUCGGUUCCUCCAGUUGCUUCAAGAGUCAACCAUGGUGCGUCACUUCGGCCUUCUGGUAAUUGCUGUGGGCAUUGUGUACAGCCAGUACAGCAAUGCGGUCUACCUGCCUGCAGUGGAUCACUUGGCAGCGUCCGAUCCCGAAGGAGACAUCAAACCGCACCGUCCUCAUCAUCCGCAUGUCAGCUUGCCUGAUUCCGGUAAUGACAAUGAUGACCCGUCGCCGCGUCGACGAGGCGGUGAAAUACCAUUGACCGAGGAGGAAAAGAAAAAGCACCCCAAGUUCAACCGGCCGUCCCGUGGAAAAAGCCGAACCGUGGCGGUUAUCCCGGACUGCUUUGAUGCGCGGACACAGUGGCCCGGUUGCAACAGCAUCAAGGAUAUUCGCGACCAGGGGCAGUGCGGCACGUGCUGGGCUGUUUCUUCCGCCAGUGUGAUCUCUGAUCGUCUGUGUAUCGCAUCCGGACAAGUCGAUCAGACCUACGUAUCGGCACUCCAUCUAGCAGCAUGCUAUACACCCCAGAAAACUGGCCAACAAAAUUGCGAUGACGGAGGGAACACCGCCACCGCCUACUCGAAUGCUGCCAUGAAGGGCUACAUUACGGGAGGCAAUAUCCAAAUGGUCGGCUGUGAGCCGUAUCCGGCAAUUCCUCAAGCGAUACCGCUCAACUGCCCAGCAACAUGCACUAACCCUAACUACACACCGUCGAAUCCUGCCGCCGAUCUUCGUCAAGAUGAUUCGUACUGGACGCAUUACAUCAACGAUCCCAACGACCAAACCGAAAUUGCCCAGAUCGUCAAGGACAUGCAAACCGAGAUUAUGACCAACGGUCCUAUAACCGCCAGUAUCACUAUCUGGACCGAUUGGCAGAAGUGGAAGCCCGCACAAGGGGCAUAUCGUGGACCUGGCGCUGGUGCCACAAAAGAAGGUGGUCAUGCUGUACGCAUUAUCGGUUGGUGUAAGGAUAGCAAUGGUAUCCCGUACUGGAUGAUUGCCAACUCGUGGGGCACCGGGCUCGGCGACCAGGGCGUCUACUGGAUCGAACGGGGUAGCAAUGUCGUCGGAAUUGAAAGUGCAUUCACAGCGCCCAUUAUCCGCGUUCCCGGCACUUGCCCAAGCUCAUUCUGCACGACCGGUAUCGAUCAGAUUGUGCGUCUGGACAGUUCCAACAUGAACUCAGCAGUAUACGCCUUCAAUGGUAACUGCACCGUAAAAGUGACGGUCGAUUCCACGGGCAAACUGACCCCCGUUGGAGCUCCCGUUCCAAUCGGCAAAGUGUUCCUUAACGCUCCAGCUGGACCGAUUGUUGGAUGGGAUGUACAGGACUCCACUGAUUUUUGGCUGCAAAAUCCUACCGCCGCCGGCUAUUGCUCCGCUGCAACUGGUUCGACCAAAUACAGCUGUCAGAUUUACACUGAGUACGGUGGAGCCAAUGCCCAGACGGUGCUGAACGGAGUAACAUACAGCUACGAUGGCGUUAAUAAUCCGCAGUACUGGUUUACCGGCACCACUGGUAAAUACAUUGGAACAGCCAUUACAUCCAAGUUCAGCAAAGUUAACGCCCUUCUGGGCCUGAGCAGCGGCAAAAUCCUCAUCUGUGGUUUAAGCACAGCAGGAACCGCAGCCUGUGGAACGGUUGAUACCACGGGAAAAACGGUUUCUACACCGGUCUCCAUCAGCAGCUCCUUUACACAAUGCUGAUUUCGCUUUACCGGAAUUUUAAUGCAUUCUGAACCGAAAGGUGUUGAUGCUUUAAAAUUUUUUCGUUUUGUGCAGCACCCAAGAAGAGUACAUAAUAAAAGAACGUUAGAUAUGUGCUGAUAAAAUGAUGCCAUUGUGCCAAAUGUGGGUUUUUCGCUUGAGAACACAUUCGACGUUGCGCGGCCAGAAAAUCCUAAAGUAAACAAUAUACAAAGAAA